ACUUCACUUCGACGAAUCCCGCCUCCUUUUGAAAGAAAGUUUGACUUCAGACGUCCUCCUCACAUCAGAUUUCGUUCGAGCGAUUUUCAAAAAAUCUCACCUGGGACUUUCGUAACUUUACAGGACGUCCGCCUCACGCGUCUGGAUUGGUCUGAUCAGGUUUUAAAUAAGACUGUCCGUGGUCUGCGGAGAGCCUCCUUUAAGUGCAUGGCAAUGCUCAGAAACUGCAGUGUGGUCAAAAGAAGAGGCAACAGUGGAGGGAGGCACAGGAUACCAUCUGCAUGUGUGUGCCCAUCACCGGUGCUGUGAAGGGCAGAUAAGGCAGCUCAGAGACACUGAGCACGUUUGAUCUGGUCCAUCCCAACGCAACGUGCGACUCACGAGUUCCACAUGGCGGACAACCUCCCCUCGGGACUUGUGGAGGCCUGUGUGGUGGUUGGAGCAGCAGGUGACAAACUCAAACCGCUCCUUCAGGCUCGGGACAAAGAUCUCCCCCUGCUGGACCCUGAGGUGCUGCAGGUGCACGCGCCGCCCUUCGUCAGCAAGGAGAGCUUCAGCGACAGCCCUGGCCACGCUCCAGCCUUCAGCCGCAUCCAGAAGAGGCGAUCGUUCAUGAAGAAGAAACGUGACCGGGUCUCUACGCCCUCCAGGGAGUUGGAAAAGGGCGACGGGGAGCCCCCUGCCACCACUGCCACCUCCGCUGCCAUGGAGGAUGUCAGCAUCCCCAAGGACAUUGAUCUCAUCGCUCUGCCCCAGCUGUGUUUCCCAGAGGGUCUGAAAAUAUCCGAGGAGUGCAAAGAGGACUCUUACCACUUCCUGGUGUUCACAGAUGUUUUUGGGAACCGGACGCAUGGGGUGGUGGUGCAGUACCACAGACAUAUACAGGCUUCUCAAGAUGGACAUGGUCAUCAAAAUGGUCACUGGACAUCUCCCAAAGGACCCAGACUCUUCACAACAUACGCCAUCUGUGUCAUCUCCAAGUACCCUUAUUACAAUGCCCUGAGGGACUGUCUGUCAUGCCUUCUAAUUCAGUUGCGGACUUGCCGAAUGGUGGACUUUGAGGAGAGGGUGAAGGAGUUCACAGCCAAACUGGCACUCGUGCCCAUCCCUCCGCCUGGGCAGCUUCAUGUGGUGUUCAAUCUCCGACCGCUCCAGAUCUUCCUCCCUUCUCGCGAGGAUGAGGAGCGACCGGCCGUUGACCUGGACCUCCAUCUGCCUUUCCUGUGCUUCAGGCCACUGCAACUCCUGGAGAUCAUCACCAGCAUCCUGAUGGAGCAGCGGGUGGUGUUUGUGUCCUCGGACUGGGCGCGCCUCACCUUGGUGGCCGAGUGCUUCAUGCGCUUCAUCCACCCGCUCCACUGGCAGCACCCGUUCGUGCCCGUCCUCUCCCACCUGAUGCUCGACUUCCUCAUGGCGCCCACCUCCUACCUCAUGGGCUGCCACUCGCACCACAUCGAGGAAGUGGCCGCGGAAACAGAUGACCUGAUUCUCAUCCACAUCGAUGAGGGAACAGUAUCGUCCUCCAGCGCAGACAACCCUGGCCUGCCAGAGACGCCUUGGGCUGCCAGGGAGUGCUUCACGAGACGGGUGGAGGGCUUGCAGAUGCACUACGACCUGGAAGUGUGUCGAUUGGGUGCGGGCACUGACGUGAACGACCUGCGCGCUCGGAGGAGACAGUGGCAGCACACGCUCAAUACUGAGAUUCAGAGGAUCACUCUGGAGCUCAUCGUCAACAUCUUCAGAGAUGUACAUGAUCAUCUUAACUAUGAGCAUAGAGUCUUCAACAGCGAGGAGUUCUUAAAAUCCAGAGAACCAGCUGACCAGACGUUUUACAAGAAGGUCUUGGACACCCACAUCUUCCAUUCCUUUCUGCGAGAUCGUCUGAAUAAGAAAAUGGACUCUUUCUCUCGCAUGGAACUGAACACAAGAUCGGACAUCCACAAACUAAGGACCCUGAUGGAUGUACCUCGGAGGCCCAACAUGCAGGAGAUGGCUCGAAAAUGCACCACUCCAGAGAACCGCCUCAGUAGGAAAUUAGGCAUGAGUUUACCCAAUCUAGCAGAGCGAGCUCCCAUGGAGAGUGUCAGAAAGACCUCCCUCAAGAAAGUCACCUUGAAUGGAGAAGUGAAGGCUCCUCAGAAACCCAUUAAGACCUUCCGACUCCCCGAGUUUCCUCCGCCACUCUCCUACGUGUACGUCCAGAACUACUACUCGGACAUGAUCAAUCAGCUGGGGAAGGCCAUGUCCUGCUUGGGUCCAGAGGACUCGUCCCUGCUGGCCCGCUACCACUACCUGCGUGGCUUCGUCAGCUACGUGGCCGGCAAGCGCCUGGACGCGCUGGUGGACUUCCAGAACCUCCACAAGACGGACACGGACAUCUUCCCGGUGGAGCUGGUCCGGGCCCUGGUGGACUCGCUGGCCGUGGACGAGCGCGCCCAGGCCGAACGUCGGCCGGAACUCGCGCGGCUCAUCAGCCGGUCCAAGCGGGACCACGAGGGCGAGCGGGCGCGGCCCGACCACUUCGCCACCAUCAAGAAGUUCCAGCUGCCGCGCACGCACCUUCAGCGCGACGACUUUGUGCGCCGCAUCCAGGAGUCGGGCAUCGUGAAGGACCAGAACACCAUCCACAGGCUGUUCGAUGCCCUCACUGUGGGUCAGCAAAAGCAGGUGGACCCCGAGGUCUUCCGCUUCUUCUACACCAUCUGGAAGGAGACGGAGGCCGAGGCCCAGGACGUGGACCUGCCCGCCGCUGUCCUGGGGCACCUCGAGACCAACGAGUGCGUCUACAAGCUCUCGUCCUCGGUCAAGACCAGCCACGGCGUGGGCAAGAUCGCCAUGACCCAGCGCCGCCUCUUCCUGUUGACCGAUGGGCGGCCGGGCUAUGUGGAGAUCACCAAGUUCAGAGACAUUGAGGAAGUGAGGAUCUCGUCCGCUCCGUUCCUUCUCCUGCGAAUCCCCUCAGUGAAGAUCAAGAGCUCGCUGAGGAAGGAGAUGUUCGAGGCCAACCUGAAGUCCGAGUGUGACCUCUGGGCGCUCAUGAUCAAGGAGAUGUGGGCUGGGAGGAAGAUGGCCGAUGAGCACAAGGACCCCCAGUACAUGCAGCAGGCUUUGACCAAUGCCCUUCUGAUGGACGCUGUGGUGGGCUGCCUGCAGUCACAGAAGGCCAUCUACGCCGCCUCUAAACUGGCUCACUUUGACAGGAUGAAACUGGAAGUGCCCAUGAUGGUGCCCAAGACCACUGCGGAGACGCUGAAGCACAAGAUCAACCCGUCCCUGGACCAGACCUCUCCUCACGGUGUGGACGUGCUGCUGUACACUCCAGGGCAGCUGGGUGUGUCGGGCACGGACGGCGGUGGCAACCCCAAGCUGUGGUGUGCGCUGAGCGACGGGAAGGUGGUGGUGUUCGACGCGGCCAGCUGGUCCAUGCAGCAGAACUCAGUCCAAGUGGGCUCAUCUCGACUGAACUGCAUGCUGGGAGUUAAUCAGCAGCAGCUGUGGAUCGGCUCACAGGACUCGGUCAUCUACAUCAUUAACCCACGCAGCAUGUCCUGCAACAAACAGCUGACCGAGCACCGUAGCGAGGUCACCGGCCUGGCCCUUGAGGAGCGAACCGACAAGUACAGCCAGCUGGUGGCGUACUCGUGCAGCGCGGAGGGCACGGUGAUCGUGUGGGACGUGUCCACACUGCAGGUGCGCAAACACUUUCGCCUGUCCUGCGACCGGCUCCUGUCUCUGCAGGCGCACAACGGCUGGCUGUGGUGCUGUGCGCGUGACAGCAUCCUGGAGGUGCGACGGAAUGGCACCGUGCAGCGUCGCGUGUCCCUCCCCCAGCAGACCCCCCAGGGCAGCCCCAGCUCCAGCCUCAGCCGCGGGUCCAGCCUCAGCCGUGGGUCCACGCUCGGUCGGAGCUCCUUCAGCUGCUUCCUGCUGUUUGAUGAGACGGAGCAGUUGUGGAGCGGUUGUGCAGACUCUGAUGAACUGUGUGUGUGGCACUGCCGAGAUCUUACCAAGCCCUUUCAUCGCAUCCGGCUGCAGGACUGUGCAGGCGUGCUGUGCAUGAUCAAGGUCAAGAACCAGAUCUGGGUGGGUUGCCGUGGCCGCAGCACGGGGCAGGCUCGGGGGAAGAUCUACGUGGUGGACACAGAGCGCCACCUGGUGGAGAAGGAGCUGGCGGCGCACAGCGACCGCGUCCAGGCCCUGUGCUCGGCCGAGGACCGCUACGUGCUGAGUGGGGCGGCGCGCGAGGAUGGCAAGAUCGCCAUCUGGAAGGUGGAGUAGGUAAAGAAUGUGCCGGCGGGAAAAACAUGGGAUGUGUCCAGUGAGUGGAUCGAGGCACUGAUCCUAGGACACUGUAAUGCUCCGUUACUAACCAUACACCACUGGGACCUGUCCAUUCUGAAACAAGGACAAUUUUGUACAAUUCAUUUCUGGACAAUUCUCAGGACAAUUCUGCCAUUGCUGUAGAAUAGAAGGAGACCUGUAUUAUGUGGUGCUGAAGGUGACUGACCAGGAUGCAUACAGUAGUAUAAACCGGUGUAAAUGAAGGGUUCAUUGCGUUCCAAGGUGCACACUAAAGACUCCCAAGGACAAUGGAUGUUGCGUUUCUGGAGUUAGACUCCGGAAAUCAAACUUUGUGAAAAGAUCCUUAUGGGCUGUGUGAAUCAGCCGUAACUGUUUACAGUGUAAAUGAUCAUUAUAGUGUUCUCUGCAAUGUCACAUUCAGUUUAUUUACAUUUCCUUAUUUAUUAGCUGUAGAGUACUGUUUAGUAUGUACAUAAUACAUGACAUACCUAUGUUUUUUAUAAUUAUUACUUCUCAUGUCAACUUUAUAUUAUGUAAACUCCCAUUUUGCAUGGUUCUCAACAGUAUUGUUUACCUAGAAAGAAGCAAUAAAAUACUUGUCUUGCAAGUUUUAUAGGAUUAGCUCAA